AUGGAAAAUGUAGAAGAAAAAAAUAAAAAGAUGUUAAAUUCAAAAAAGGAUAUAUAUGAAAUAGAUGUGUCUUCAAAUAAUAAAAGUUUAAAUGAAAAUUUAUAUGAACACAAGGAUAAUAGUGUAAAAAAAUUUUAUCCAAAUUGUAUUCAAUUAAAUGAGAAUUAUAAAAAAUGUGAAAAUGAAAUAUAUAAUGAAGCAGAGAUGGAAAAAGUAGAUGAAAAAAAAGAUAAACAAAAAUUAGACGAAAAUGUGUUUCAUAAUUACACUACAUUGAAUUAUAAAAAUGAAGAAAAGGAAAAAAUUAGUAGUGAAAGAAAUAAUAAAGAUGAUAAAUUAGAGAAUAAAAAGAAAAACAAUGAAACUAAAGAAACUCUUGAAGAGUUACUAGGAGAACUAAAAUCAUAUCAAUUGGAAGAGUUUCAAUUUUUAAUUAAUUUAUACAACAAUAGAUUAAAUGGUAUUUUAGCUUAUGAAAUGGGAUUAGGAAAAAUUUUUCAAACAAUAAUUUUAUUAGCUAAUUUAAAAGAAAGUAAUUUACCUAUUCUGUUAAUCUUUAAAACAUAA